AUGUACGCCAAACCUGCCUCGCCUACAGCAUCGGUUAACUCAGACCAUCACACACCUGCUCCCGACUGCUUUGUGAUGCCUAUACUUGCUGACUCUACCGCUCAACUUGCCGAGAUCUCAGAUGAUAUCAUCCGUAUGGCUGAUUACCGCAUGUUCCCAGUCAUACUGGAAAGCGUGUUAUUCGCGUUGUACACGAUGCUCAUGAUCUUUCAUUGUACCAAGUAUCGGCACGAUAACGAGCGCGCGCUUGGAUCUUUCGCCGUCUGCAUGUGCCUUUUUGUGUUGUGUGCUGCCUCAUUGGCACUAGACAUUUGGGUCCUCUCGCUAGAAGUGUACCGACUUCUCCCAAGUCGAUCAUCGCCUAAUGGAACGAGGGUUUCUUUCGGUCAAGCUUUCGGGGAGCUCCUCGGCAACAUCGUCUUCGCCCGAAACGUGUGCACCUCGGUCAUUUUCAUCUCCUGCGACUGCAUCUCGCUCUGGCGAGCAUACGUCAUAUACGGCAAACCCCGAUGGUUGAAAGUUACAUGUUGCUCGCUGAUCGUCCUGUCGGGCGUCCUCUAUCCCCUCAAUGUGACUCUACAUGCUGGAGUCGAACUGCCAAACUCCAGGUUUCACCUCUCGAGCGCGAAUCAGGCAACGGUACUUUGGGUGAUGAGUUCGAUAACGGAGGGGUCAACGGCCGUGGCACAGAUCUUUUCCACAUUCUUGAUCGCCAGAAAGGCUUUAUUGCAUCGGAAGGAGAUACAGCGCUUGCUUCCCGCACACAACGGAGCAUACAACUCUCAGAGGCUCCUUGGCGUACUGUAUGUGGUGGUAGAGACGGGUGUCAUGUACUCGCUUCUAUGGGUCCUGUUCUUCGUUGCGAACGACGACGGGCUUGGCGCAACGGGCAAUUACUGGUCGAACUACUGGAUGUGUCAGCUCUCUGGAAUCUAUCCAACACUCAUCGUUGUGGUCGUUUCGCAGCGAUCCUCUAUUCUCGAACAAGCCUACACUAUUUCUGGUCUGGCGAGCGCCCCAAUUCGGCGCGGUUCCGCCGCUGAUGCUGAUGUGGAGGCUUCAUGCUCGAGCGCAUCUGGGAAUGUUAUACCGGACUGUCCCCAACAAUGUACAGCACGGCUAACGGUGGCAUCCGUCAACUAA